AUGCCAGGCCGUGCUCGGAAAGGGGGAAAUGCCGUGCUGCGGCGUAGAGGCUCCGGGCGGGCAUCUGCUCAGCGGAGUUUUCGACAGGCCUGGUCCGAUGCGCGAACGCCACAGCUCCCUGGGGAGGCGGAGACGGAAAGGGGUGGGAAGCCUUUGGUCCUGGUGAUGCAGCUGGCCACCGCAAACCUCUGGGACUCCUUCUGCCAGUACACGGCGGCGGUCAAUGCGCAAUGGGCCCAUCGCCUGGGUCACAGGUACAUCCUCACCGGCGGCGAGUACCUCCAUCGAGCCGACCUUUGGCGUGGAGGUAACGUGCGAGCCGUGCUCGAGGUCAUGAAGCAGGCGCCGGCAGAGGUGGAUUGGAUCUUCCACCUGGACUGCGACGCCGCCCUGGUGGAUUUUUCGAAGGAUGCCCUGGCGGCCGUGCUGGCGCGCCACGGCUCCGCGGAGCUUCUGCUGAGCCGGGACGAGUCCGGCUUCGCGGGGGGAUCCCGGCUGAGCAACAUGGGCACAGGGCUUUGGCGCCGCAGUGCGUGGACCGAGGAGUUCCUGGAAGCCUGGUGGCAGGAGCUGGAGGGUAAUCCGAGCCGCAACGAGCAGGAGGUGCUCGAGCACUUCAUCACCAGCAACACGCACGGAUGCUUGGACGGGCGCCUGGUGCUGCUGCCGGCCGGCCUGCUGAACAGCGAGUCCAGCAAUCCCGUGGCGGCGCCGGCGGCUCGGCAACCCGUGGUGCACCUGGCCGGGCUGCCGGGCCCCGUGCGCACGGAGGUCUUUCGGGAGCUCUGGGCCGAGCAGUGUGGGCAGAAGCCUCCCGGCGGCGACUGGGGCAUGCGUGACCGGCUCCUGCGGUCGCUGGGGGAUCAUACACUCUCGCUGGGUGAUGCUCCAGAGGGCGAGACCUGGGCGGAGGCCUCCGCCGCCAGCCGCGCGGCGCGGCGUCUCGCCCUCAUGCUCGUGCGGGGCGGCACACGACGGGAGGAGGCCGACUUCUUCUUGCGCCUGGCGGUGCGGCGUGUGCGCCUCCUGGAGGAGCACGUGGCACGUGGCGGCGCAGGAGGCUCAUCCUCCGCCUUGGCCCUCCAGCAUUCGCUGGACAACCUGGUUGGGCCGUUGCUGGAGCUGGGCUACAACGACGAGGUGAGUGCUCCGCUGCAGCAGUGCCGCGUGCUCUUCUUCAAACCGGACUUCGCGGAGGUUGCCGAGAACCUCUCUGCGCGGCUGGCGGAAGGGACGCUGACGCUGCAAGAGGAAGGGUCUGACAUCCAGCAGCUCAGCCUUGGGGAAGGUGUGGUGGAGGCCUCUCUGCGGCGCUUCGCGGACCACGUGGCGGUGCAGCUGCGGGUCACCGAGCAGUUCCUGGCGCGCUGGGAGAGCUUGGCGCAAGGCAAGGACCUCGCAGAGCACGAGGCAGAGCUGCUGUGUCGGCAGUGCGCAAAGCCUUUGCUGCGGGAGCGCAGCGGAUUGGAGGGCCCGCUGCAGGCGCUGCAUUUGCCCACGGACCUCUGGCAGGCCUGUGCGGAGGUGGUGGCGUGCGAGGAGUGUACGCCGCUGGGCCAAGGCCACCUGCGAGCUGAGCCGGGGCGCCUCUUCGUAUCCGCACAGACCUUCCUCGUGGCCCGAGGCGACCUCAGCCCUGGCGUGGCCACGGCUCGGGGCCUGCUCUGGUGCCUCUGCGGCGCCGUUGUGGGCGAGGGCGAUUCCAGCGCCGGCGCGGGCGCCGGCGAUGCGGGCGCCGCGCGGAGGCGCCCGAAUCUCUGCGGCUGGGGCCAUGUCUGCAAGAACGCCGGGGUCCUGCUCUACAAGCACCGCGCCACGAUGGGCGGGACGUUUGACCCCUUGGCGCCCUACACUGAGGAGGCCGCAGCGCUGGCGCACCUGCUAAGCUUGCGGGCCAGUGAGGGGCAGUCGCGCUUCGUGCUGCUGCCGAGCCACCCGUGCAGCGAGCAGCCGAAGGGGGAUGAAGUGGCGGAGGCUCUGGAGCUUCGUUUGCUGCUGCCGGAGCUGAUCCUGCAGAUGGGCGACCAGAUCCAGAAGGCCGCCAAGGUGCUCUUUCGGCCGCUGAAAGUCUCGGACCUCGGCGCUUCGACCCAAGUGGUGCUGCCGCAGGAAUCCUUCGAGGCCGUGUGCCGGAGACUGACGUCCUGGACGCAGAGGCUGCCGCCUUCGCUCUCUGCGGCGCCGCAGAAAGGCUGGAAGAGCAGCUUCCUGCCCCGCGCGCCGGACGGGAUCCUGGAGAACCUCUUCCGGGCGGGCUACGAAUCGCGCAAUGACAGUUUGGACGCCGCCGUGCGGGCGGAGAACCUGGCGGCGGUGCUGCAGAGUCGGCCGGGCCGGGUGGAGGAGGCGGAGGCUCUGGUGAGAGAGGCGCUGUCCACCCUGGAAACCGCCUUCCCGCCGGAGGCCGGCGACGUGCGGCCCGCCGGUGCACGAGCCAGGCUGGCGCAGAUCCUGCAUCUUCAGGGCCGCACCGCUGAGGCGGAGCCGCUGCUGCGCAGUGCGCUGGAGGCUUAUGAGAAGUCCCUGGGAGAAGACCAUCCGCAGGCCUUGGGCUGCGCUCGGAACCUGGCGGUGCUGUUGAAGCAGCAGAAGACCAAGCUAGCAGAGGCGGAGGCGCUGCUGCUGCGGGCGGCCAAAGGCUACGCCGCCGCCUGGGGCGAAGAACACCCGGAGACGCAGCGCCUACGCAGGAACCUCGGAAACUUCCGGCGCUGGCGAAAGGAGGUGAAGGGACACCCCUAA